AGGUGGCAUUUUCUUUCUGAGCUGCUCAGUUUUCAUCAUCACAGCCUCAGGAUGUUCAGAUUAGGGCUACUGCUCCUGGCGCUGUCAGGCCUCCACGCUGUCCCAGUCAGAGCCCCUACAGGUCUGCAGAAGUCAUCUUCAACCUACCAGGUCCCCCAAGGCUUUCGACCGGACGAUGAACACUCUGAUGUUCGGGAAACUAUUCUCAAUGACUUCAGACAAGGUACAGAGCCCUCCAGGAGAUUCCUCGUUGACCUCAACACUGGCCUGGUACAAGAACAUGCCAGCGAGAUGGAGAGAAGACACUGGCUGACAGAUGAAGGCCCUGCUGAGGUUCCAGUCCAGAGGAAUGGUGGUGGUUGGGUCCGUGUGGAAGAAUUCUCUGCUUCUGAUCUACAAGACGGAUUUAGACAGGGAACAGAACCCUUUAUGCCUCUCAGAGAUGGUUUCAGACAGGGAACCGAACCAUUUAUGUCUAUCCAAGAUGGCUUCAGACAGGGAACCGAACCAUUUAUGCAUCUCAGAGAUGGUUUCAGACAGGGAACCGAACCCUUUAUGUCUAUCCGAGAUGGCUUCAGACAGGGAACCGAACCAUUUAUGUCUAUCCGAGAUGGCUUCAGACAGGGAACCGAACCAUUUAUGCGUCUCAGAGAUGGUUUCAGACAGGGAACCGAACCCUUUAUGUCUAUCCGAGAUGGCUUCAGACAGGGAACCGAACCAUUAAUGUCUAUCCGAGAUGGCUUCAGACAGGGAACCGAACCAUUUAUGCGUCUCAGAGAUGGUUUCAGACAGGGAACCGAACCAUUAAUGUCUAUCCGAGAUGGCUUCAGACAGGGAACUGAACCAUUUAUGCCUAUCCGAGAUGGCUUCAGACAGGGAACUGAACCAUUUAUGCCUAUCCGAGAUGGUUUCAGACAGGGAACGGAACCCUUUAUGCCUAUCCGAGAUGGUUUCAGACAGGGAACGGAACCCUUUAUGCCUAUCCGAGAUGACCAAAGACCAAGAGUGGCAUGUCAGGGGGAGAUUAUCAAUGAAAACUGCUAUGAAUUCAACCCCAGACCACUGUCCUUCAAAGAUGCUCAGGCCAAAUGCAGAACUCUUGCACCAAAUGCAGAGCUUGCAUCUGUAACCAGUGGUGAUUUACAGUCCCAUCUGGUUUCCUUGGUGACCAAGGGUGGUAAGAGGAACCCUGUGCUGACCUGGCUGGGAGCCAUAGUCAAGAACCAGCAGGCCUCCUGGGUUGACGGGUCAGAGUGGGGCUUUACUGACUGGAUGCCGGGUCACCCCAACAUUCCCACUGACAAACCUGUCUGUGUGGAGAUGUUCAAGCAAGACGAGAGCUGGUGGACUAUUGCUGACUGUGACGUGAAGAGGGCGUCCAUGUGCAGAUACACAAUCACUGCAUAA